UUUCAAUAUUUGUCUAAUCUUUAACAAAUAUUAUUUAAGAAUUAUAUUCUGACAAAACUGUUGCGUUAUGACAAAUCAUCUUAGCACAAUCUCUUCAUGGGGAAUGUGGGACUCCGUUAUAGUAGUAAAAAAGUCGAUGGGGAGGACGUUUCGCUUUCUAUAAAUUCACGACUAUAAAUUCACGUCAACUUCCCCAUAUACAUACAGACCAGUCCCGAUCGUCGAAUCUCGCUGAUCAAUAUUAAUCUUUAUUGUAAAAAUUAAAAGAAAGUAGCCGUUAACAAAAACGCCAACGCUAAAAUGUUAUGUUAUUUGCGCGAAUGAAGCUAAUAAACAGUGUUUCUUUACGAUUUGUUGCAAAAAAUCUUUAUUACUAUUAAUUCGACAAAAAGAAUAAUUUUAGAUUUGCACAUUAAAAUUCGUUAUGUGAGCAACCUUUCGUUCUGUUUAUCUCUGAAAUUAACUUGAUAAUUGGUAUCGGUAUUCUUCAAAGAGAAAGAAAGUUUACAGUAAUAAAGAAAUAAAAGUGACUGUGAUUUUGUUAAAACAUGCAUUAUGUCGCUUCAGCGACUUAUAUUCAUUUUGUACAUUUGCUAUUCCGCAAUUUUAUUCUGCGUCUCUGCACAAUUUCACAGUGAGUUCAAUAAUGAAAACAACAGUAUUCAUUCACUGCCUGCCUAUGCCAUCGCUUCAAAAGCCAAUCUUCUCGAUUCGGCAACAUGUGGAAUAGAAUUACAAGAUUUUCGAGAUGCUGUUGAUCAACGAAUAUUAUGGGGCUUAAAAAUAUUAGAUUCUAGCGGUGGUCCUAAGUCGGGUUUCUUUUAUGGAAAUAAUUUUUGGCUGGGCAGUCGUAGCCAGUGUCUCGAUAUAUUGAACAGGAAUCCGUUGGAGAUUGCAGAACGGCGUAUAUUAAAUAGCACACACUACCGCAAUCCUCAGCACGAGUUCCCGCCAUUCGAUGUGAAUUACUUUGUUGCUUAUCUCAAACACAAUAGUACUCUUCAGUAUCAUACUGGUUUACUAAACGAAGAUCUGAUUACGCUCGGUCUCUGUUUGCCUGCGUCCUGUUCCAUAAAGGAUAUAAGCUUCAUUCUAGAAAAAAUAUUUCGUGAUAGAAUUCUCUCAAUCAAUGAUCUCUAUUCUAUGGACUUCACCGUGAUCCAGGUAAAAGAUUUAAAGGACGAUCAUCAAUGGCUACUGAGAGGUGCGGUACCUCUCAUAUGUGUUGUUUUAGUGCUUACCUUUUUUAUGAUGAUAAGUGGCACAAUAUACGAUAUAUUCAUAUAUCAAAAAUAUUUAAAAGCAAAGAAUAAAACUGCCGUUAACGUAAAAAAUGCAGUUGAAGAAAUGGAAAUGACAAAUUUGUCAACACAACAUGAGGAAAGUAGAAUUGGGAGCGUACUAAUGUGUUUCUCCAUUUAUACAAGUACGAAGAUAAUAUUUAACACAGAAUUAAACAUCGACAUGAUACCUAUUAUUCAUGGCCUAAGAUUUCUGAGCAUGCUCUGGAUAAUCAUGGGACACUCCAUAUUAUACACACUGGAUUACAUGGAUAAUAAAGUAUGGCUUAUGAGAUUCUCCCAAGGUCUUCCCAUUCAAGUAUUAAGUAACGCAACCGUAUCGGUCGACACCUAUUUCUUUAUAGGCGGGUUUUUAUUGACGUAUGGGUAUCUAAAAGAGAAUACAACGGACAAAACACGGAAUAAAUCGUUUAAUUAUGGAAAGAAGCUAAAUGAAUUUUUUGUUCGCGUAAUAAGAAGAUUUAUCCGAUUGACACCGUCUUAUAUGAUAAUGAUAGGAAUAAUACAAUUGAACUCAGCUUGGUACGACAAGACCUCGCAAUUCUAUGUCGAAGAAAAACCGCACGAAACUUGCGCGAAAUAUUGGUGGAGGAAUCUCUUGUACAUAAAUAAUCUGUUCGAUCACAAUACGAUGUGUAUGUCCUGGAGUUGGUACUUGGCCAGCGAUAUGCAAUUCCAUAUAGUCGGUUUGGCACUCUUGAUUCUGUCAUCAAUAUAUUUUUAUACGGCUGUUGCCAUAUUAGGUUUGCUUCUAAUGGGUUCAAUUAUAUUAAGCGGUUAUAUCUCGUAUAUUAACGAAUAUGUCCCGACCUUGGACGAACAAUUUAGAUUUUAUAAUAUCUUAUACUAUCCACCAUGGGUCCGAAUUGGUCCAUAUAUUAUUGGAAUGAUUACAGGUUACAUUGUAACGAGACUAAACAAACAAAUAGUUUUAAAAAAGAAAACUGUAAUUUUGUAUUGGAGUCUUGGUAGUGCUUGCAACAUUUUCGUAUUAUUCGGUCUUUACAAGCGACAUAUAUCCGUUCUGUCUACUGCUUUCUACGUUGCAUUAAGUAGAACAGUUUGGGCCAUAGGUAUAGCAUGGAUUAUAAUAGUCUGUUUUACUAAGCAUGGAGGUAUCGUUAAGGAAUUGUUAGAAUGCAAAAUCUGGAUUCCUCUUAGCAGGCUCACAUACUGUGCUUACCUUUUAAAUCCUUUUAUCAUACAUUCGAUUCGUCUGCACAAUGAAACAUCUGCUCAUUUGGAGUUUCUCUCCAUGGGCGUCAUAGUCACAGGACAUUUCAUGAUUAGUUAUUUAUGUGCUUAUGCAUUAUUUUUAAUGGCAGAAUCACCGUAUAAUUUACUAAUGCGAAUGUUUACCCAAUCUCGCAGCAGGAAAAAAUGUAAGAGACCUGAGGUUAUUCGCGUACAUGAUUGCGAAGAAAAUGCUGUAAUAUUGUAAUAGUAAUUAAAACCGAAUAAAAUAAUAGUACAUUAUGUAACAAGGCUGUUAUGCCCAUGUUGCAUACCAUAUUUUUUAUUACCCAUGCGUCGAUGUGUGGUCCUUUGAGUGUUGGUUCUCAUAAAAUUAACAGGUUAACUAAGAUCAGAUUCGCGAAAGCAACGAAGCGUCGGUCAAUUCUACGAGUUACUAUACGUAUAUCGCGAGAUAACGCGUACGAGUGCUGAAAUAAUCAAACGUGGUGAAAAAAUCGUAUUAGAAUGUUUUUCGUCAUGAUUCACGCAAUCUAUUGGAGGACAAAAACUGUCCAA